AUGAAUGUCCGAAUACUUCUAAUCUUUCCGGCUAGUCUGUUUCUGUUUAAUCUCCUGUCGGGGGGAACUUGUUCAGAGGCGGAACACAAACUGUUCUCUGUGAUCUUUGACAAGUAUAACCAGUACAUUCGGCCGGUUGAGAAUGUGUCCGAGCCCGUCAUCGUGCACUUCGAGGUCUCCAUGUCACAACUGGUUAAAGUGGAUGAAGUCAACCAGAUCAUGGAGACCAACCUGUGGCUGAGACAUAUCUGGAAUGACUACAAGCUGAAGUGGAACCCUAAAGAGUUUGGGGGCGUGGAGUUCAUCAGGGUGCCCUCCAACCGCAUCUGGAAACCAGACAUAGUGCUAUACAACAAUGCCGUGGGGGACUUCCAGGUGGACGACAAGACCAAGGCCCUGCUGCGCUACAACGGCGAGGUCACCUGGAUACCGCCCGCCAUCUUUAAAUCCUCCUGUAAAAUCGACGUCACCUACUUCCCCUUCGACUACCAGAACUGCACCAUGAAGUUCGGAUCCUGGACCUACGACAAGGCCAAGAUCGAUCUUGUAUUGAUCGGAACCACCAUCAACCUGAGGGACUUCUGGGAGAGCGGGGAGUGGGUGAUCAUUGACGCGCCGGGCUACAAGCACGACAUCAAGUACAACUGCUGCGAGGAGAUCUACACGGAUAUCACAUAUUCCUUGUAUAUCCGCCGGCUGCCGCUGUUCUACACCAUCAACAUGAUCAUCCCCUGCCUCCUCAUCUCCUUCCUCACCGUCCUUGUCUUCUACCUGCCAUCUGACUGUGGAGAGAAGGUGACUCUCUGCAUCUCGGUGCUGCUCUCCCUCACCGUGUUCCUGCUGGUCAUCACCGAGACCAUCCCCUCCACCUCGCUGGUCAUCCCGCUGAUCGGCGAGUACCUGCUCUUCACCAUGAUCUUCGUCACGCUCUCCAUCGUCAUCACGGUGUUCGUGCUGAACGUGCACUACCGCACGCCCAAGACCCACACCAUGCCACGAUGGGUGCGGCGCGUCUUCCUUAGCAUGCUGCCGCGUGUAAUGUUCAUGACGCGACCCGAACGCAACCCGCAGCGCUUCGCCCUGGGCCACCAAGGUCACUUCCUGUCACAGGGCCCGCCCUCUCACCAGUGCGCUCUGCACUCCUCCUCCUCCACUUCCUCCUCCUCUGCCACUGCCAAUGCUGCCGCCGUGACCUCCUCCCUCAAUCCCUCCUUCCUGCAAAACCUCACGCAACAUCAACACCAGCAGCUGAUGCAGAACGCAGGGCAUCAUCAUCAGCAGCAACUGAAGCACAUGACCCUGCCGGCCAGCCUUGGGCCUCGCCAGCGCCUGUUCCUCAGCACGGAGCUCUCCAGCCUGCACGGUGGAGGAGGAGGAGGAGGUGGAGGAGGGCUGGGGAGCCUGGGGACCGUCAGCGGAGGCCUGGGAGCACUGGGGCUGGGGGGUGUGUCAGGAAGCUCCAGUUCGGAGUCGCUGGAUGGCGGCGGUGGCGCGUUGCUGAGCAUGUCAACCGCGGCUCUCUCGCCGGAGGUCCGGGAGGCCAUCGAGAGCGUCAAGUACAUCGCGGAGAACAUGAAGCUGCAGAACGAAGCCAAAGAGGUUCAGGAUGACUGGAAGUAUGUUGCCAUGGUGAUCGACAGGAUAUUCCUCUGGGUCUUCGUCCUGGUCUGCAUACUGGGGACGGCCGGCCUCUUCCUCCAGCCCUUAUUGCUGGCAGAGGACAUUUGA